AUGGCGGCAGAAAGGGACGUUAAUUUAAAAAUUGUACUAGAGGUUGAAAAACAUCCAUGUUUGUAUAAUUUUAAAUUACCCGACUAUACACGGAAAGAUUUAAUAGAAAAAGCGUGGAGUGAAGUGGGAAAGAAAACGAAUAUGUCAAUGUCCGACUGCAAAGAAAAAUGGAAAAAUGUAUGGUCGGCAUUUUUUAUUGUUGCAUAUGUGAAACCCACAAAUCCUAUUGAAAAUGCAGGAAAUAUUGAGCAUGAGCACCCAGAGGAACCAGCAAGUCCAGAUCCAGCUGAGAAGACUGACGAAAAAUUACAAGAAGUUGAAACCUUAACCGCACCAACAAGAAAGGAACAUUGUCCAGAGCGCGCUACAAGUUCGACGUCAAUUCGACGCAAGAUAAAAUUAAAUGACCUCGAUUCGUCAUUUUUGAAGUACCUUCAAAAUAAAAAGAAAAACAGUGCCACUAACGAUGAAACAGCUAAACGGUAUUUUUUGCUUUCUUUGAUACCCGAAGUAAAGAAUAUGAACGACCAGCGGAUGCGACAAUUUAAAAUGAAAGUCCUGCUUCUGAUUGAAAAUAUUCUAUCAGAAAGUUCUAAGUCAAGACCGGGAUCAUCUAAUUCUCAAGAUUAUUACAGUGAUUCUCCGACAUUAACCACUACUUCAAACUCCAACACUGGAUUUUCCCAUCAUUCCUUCCAUAAUAUUUCCCCUCAGCUUGAUAGUACCCACAGUUCCGAAUAUUUUUCACUGCGGCCUAAGCAGAUCUCCACUUCGUCGUCACCAUAUCACCACGAGUCUCAACAGCUGCCAAUAAGUGAUAUUGAUACGAUGACUAUUUUGUAA